AUGGAAUACAACGGAGCGUAUUUGGACGAUGAGGAAUUGCCGCAUUUGAAUGCCCCUGGUCACAACGGCGCGCAACAGUAUGCGCCUGAGCCGCGCCGGCCCAGCCCCCCACACCAUCCGGUGGUUGAUGAAGAAGAACUUCUAGCGGCACAGGCGGCCGCAGAUGCCGCUGUGGCACAACAACAGAACCAAGCGGGCGGGGUGUUUAGUAAUGUGGGUCAGGGCCUUGUGGGCAAAAACAGAGAUAUGAUGAUGCAAUACUGGCAAGAAACCAUCAACUCGAUUGAACACGACGAACACGAUUUCAAGAAUCACCAGUUACCGUUGGCACGCAUCAAAAAAGUAAUGAAGACAGACGAAGAUGUUCGAAUGAUCAGUGCGGAGGCGCCGAUAUUGUUUGCGAAAGGCUGUGAUGUUUUCAUCACGGAGUUGACGAUGCGGGCAUGGAUCCACGCCGAAGAGAACAAGCGGCGCACACUCCAGAAAUCUGAUAUUGCUGCAGCGUUGACAAAGAGUGAUAUGUUUGACUUUUUGAUCGACGUGGUGCCGCGCGAAGAAGAAAAGCCCAAAAAACCUUAUCCGGGCCUGCGCUCUGGCAGCUAUGUAAAUACGCCUCAGCAUCUCCUCCAUCAACCUGCAAUGCAUCUUCGCGGGCCACAGACUACACAAGGGCCACCGGAGUCGGUGCCAAAUGCAGACCGCCUGCCUCUUGAAAGGCGAGAAGAACCGGUGAAGGAAGAGUCGCAGGAUGUGAUGAGCGAGAAGAAGGAUGGAAAAAGGUAUGAAUUUGAUGGCUACGCAACGUAUGAAAACAAUUAUUAG